AUGGGACACUGCACGAGUAAGGAUCAGAAGGAGGGUAAACGUCUGAACAGACGCAUUGACGAGCAAAUCAAGAAGGACCAAUCCAUGUCGCUGAGAAUCAUCAAGCUUUUAUUACUAGGUAGGCUGCACUUUUCUUUUUCAAUCAUUUUUGAAUGUGCUGGUGAAAGUGGAAAAAGUACAAUACUGAAACAGAUGCGGAUAUUACACAAGGAUGGCUUUUCACAGCAAGAUUUGGAGAUGAUCCGCCCUGUCGUUUAUUCCAAUUGUAUACAUUCCAUGUUGUCUAUUCUUCGCGCUAUGUUUCACCUCCAAAUUGAAUACGCCGACAACGAACGGGUGCGCGACAGCCAGCUAGUGUUCGCGACAGUCCACGCCAACAAGGAGGAAUUGACAGAGGAAUUAGCUGCAGCUAUGCAGCGACUUUGGGCUGAUGCCGGUGUGCGAGAAUGCUAUCGUCGUAGUAAUGAGUAUCAAAUAGAUGACAGCGCCAAGUACUUUCUGGACAACUUACCUCGCCUUUCGUCCCUUAACUACGUUCCAAGCGAGCAAGAUCUAUUGAGGACACGAAUCAAGACUACUGGUAUAACGGAAGUGCUAUUCGAACUUAAAGGACUCACGUUUAGGGUAAUCGAUGUCGGUGGACAGCGCUCUGAGCGAAAAAAGUGGAUUCAUUGCUUCGACAAUGUUAAUGCCAUCAUUUUCAUUAGCUCCCUGUCGGAAUAUGAUCAGACGUUGCGUGAGGACAAUUGCACGAAUCGCAUGCAGGAGUCACUCAAGCUAUUUGAUUCGAUUUGCAACAGUCCCUGGUUUGCCGACAUCCACUUCAUUUUGUUCCUGAACAAGAAGGAUCUAUUUGCGGAGAAGAUUCAACGUAGUCCUCUGACAAUCUGCUUCCCAGAGUACAAAGGACAGCAAAAUCAAACCGAAUGUAUCAAUUACAUCCAAUGGAAGUUUGAGCAACUCAACAGAUCGUCACAAAGGGAAAUCUACUGUCAUCACACAUGCGCUACCGAUACAAAUAAUGUGCAGUUCGUUCUGGACGCUUGCCUCGACAUGAUUAUCGCCAAAAACCUCAAGAGUAUGGGACUGUGCUAG